CUCCCCAGGGAGCACCCGCCGCCGCCCCCGCGCAACAGUUGCCCCUAAGUCGUGGCUCCCCCCCACCCUCGCUCAUCCCGCGGGACCCCCCUCGGCACCGGGAGGAGGAGGCAAGGGCUGCUCCGGAGGGGGAGCUCGGGGGCUGCGCGGAGCCGCCGCCGCUUUGCAGCGCUGAGCACUGCUGCUCUCGUCGCUGCCGCCGCCCGGCGCCGGGGGAAGGAGCUCCAGGAAUCAUCCCGGCUUCUCGCCUCGCCGCCGCGAUGGAGCGGGGCGGCGGGGCCCCGGCGCGGCUCCUCUCCGCCGGGUGCAGCCGUCCUCUCCUCCGCCAGCAGGAGCGGAGCAGCCCCGCCGCCGGGCACCGGCCACCCUGCUAGGCUCCCGGGGGGUGCCGAGCCCCAUCCCGCACCCCUUGAACCCUUUGUGCACUCCCUGACUCCUUCGUGUAUCCCUUUGUGAUUCCUCCCAAACCCCUUGUGCAUUUCCCUCCACCCUUUUGUGCAUCCCCCUGUGGACCUCCAAACCCCUUGUGAAUCCUCCUGUGCGUCCCCAAACCCCUUGUUCACCCCCUCGCGCCCCCCUUCCCCUUGCAUGCAGCCCCAGGGCUGCAGGAGCUGUGGCCACAGACCAUGGGCACCAAGCAGACCAAGGGGUGCCAGCCGGGCAGCUCUGGGGAGAGCCCCCCGGCCCAACACCGCAAGAAAGUAUCCCCGAGGGAAAGGGGGGACUUCCUCACCUCCCUCGUGGUGAAGUCCGGCGAGAAGUUUGGGAAAGGUGGUGGCAGCAGCUUGCCCCCUUAUCACCGGCGGAUCUGCAUGAUCCAGGACAUGCUGGUGCUGGUGAAGCAGGGGAAGCAGGAGGAGGCCACCGAGCUGCUGAGGCACCUGCGGCAGGAUUUAGGAAUGGAGUCGACCUCUCUGGAUGAUGUCCUCUAUCGAUACGCCAGCUUUCGAAACCUGGUGGACCCCAUCACUCAUGACUUGAUCAUCAGCCUUGCUAGAUACAUCCACUGCCCCAAACCGGAGGGGGACUCCCUGGGGGCCAUGGAGAAGCUGUGCCGGCAGCUCACCUACCACCUCAGCCCCCACUCGCAGUGGAGGCGCCAGGGCAUCAUGAAGAGGAAGCCGCAGUCCUGCUUGAAAGCUGUCCUGAUGGGGAAGCCCCAGGACAACACCGUGGACUUGUCGGGCAUCCCACUGACGCUGAGGGACCUGGAGCGCGUCACGUCCUACCUGCAGCGCAGCUCAGAGCAGAUCGACACGGUGGAGCUCUGCUUCACCGACCUGACGGACGAGAUGCUGCUGCAGCUGCUGCCCUCCCUCUGCCUGCUGCCCCACCUCACCACCCUCUCCCUCAACGGCAACCGCCUCACCAAAGCCAUCCUGCGGGACCUCACCGAGACCCUGAAGGACCCCAAGAAGUUCCCCAGCAUCACCUGGAUCGACCUCGGCAACAACGUGGACAUCUUCUCCUUGCCGCAGCCCUUCCUGGUGAGUCUGAAGAGACGAUGCCCAAAGCAAGGCAACUUGCCAACCAUCCUGGAGUUUGGUGAGGGGCAGGUGAGCGACCUGGAGAGCCAAGACGGGCUGGCCGAGAGCCAGGAGGACCUGCGAGGUGGAGCAGGUGGGACUGACAACGCAGCCUUGCAGCAGACAGACAGAACAGUUGAGGCUGGGGAGCUCCCCAGCUCGGAGCAAGGUGCUGCACCACAGACAUGACGUCCAGCUCCGUGGGCCUUGGUAGGUGUUGAGCAAAGGUGACUGAAACUCAAGCCCCCAGUGCUGGAGGUCCUGGUGGAGGGGCUGGUCCCACAGUGGGAUGCUCCAGGAGCUGGGACCACUGCCCUCCUCCUGUACGAGGAACAUCAGCUUCUGUCUGUUCAAAGAACACAGAAAGGUGAUCGUGUCACACACUUGUUUUUUAUAAAAGCUGGCCAGGUGUUUCUAACCAUCAGUGACAUGCUGUGCUUUCCAACCUCCCACAAUUGCAUCUCCAAGGGGGUGCAAUACAAGGCCCUUAGAAGAGUACAGAAGGGGAGAAGGAGGUGCCCAGACUUUGCAGGGAAGGGCUCCCUUUCCUUGAUGCUGGAUCCAGCCAGACCCCAGCUGCCCUCCCACGGACAGACAGCAGCCAUCCCAGAGAGGAAAGCUGCUGGGAUAAACCCGAAACCCUUCCCAAUUCUGACUUCAGGAGCUGCUGAUGAAUAGCAUACCUGCUGAGCUACAACAGAGGCUGAUCACACACUAACCAGGGCUGCUUUUCCCAAAGGAAGAGCUUUGCUUUCCUGGUGCAGAGCUAAAUCCCAGCCUGCUGCCUGCCAGGAUGCCACUCGCCCUCCAGCCUUACUGAACCCAGACUGGCACAUGUGCCUGCCUUCUAUUUAUUCAGAGGUACAAUCCAGCAGCCAUGCUGCUCAGUAACUCCAGAGCUUUCAAGGUGGUACCUGGAGCUUGAACCAGUGAUGGAGUGUCUGUUCCAUUUUGGGGAGUGACCUGCAAACUCUGGAGCCAGGGCUCAGCUCAAGGUUUGCUGCUGAGAAAAGAGACCACAACACUGAAAACUUUAUAAAAGACAAAAUAAUCCUGGGGUUCAUCCCUGUUCCACUGCAGGCUGGGCAGACACAGCCAGGGGACACUGAAACCCUCAAAAAGGCUGUUGGGUCUCUUGGCUGUGCCCAUCACCCCCUGGACCAGAAGUGCUUUGUUUCCAAAGUGUUGGUUUGUUUUUUUUCUGAAAGACAUGGGUUUGAUUUUGUUUUAUUUGUGAUGGCAAAUGGAUCACCACGGAGGAGCAGCACUGGAACGUGCACUUUGGCUUUUGAACUAGAAUUUCAUUUAAUCCUAAACCUGGAGCAGAGCAGGGAAUUGUGAAAAACUUCCCCUCCUUCUUUCCUGAAGUUCAAAGGACCAAACCUGACUCCCUUUGCUAAAUGGGAGCCCUUUUCUAUCUGUUCAAAGCCUUUCCCCUGACCAGCUCUACAGCACCGUGGUCCUGGCUCACAGCACUGACCCUCUGGCUUUGCUUUUUCUGGGUGCAAACACAGUCAGACUCCUUGGUCUCUGUUCAUUUAACAUCACUGCACUGGGAAGGUUUUUCCAGGGGGGUCUCAUGAUGUUGGUGGUUGUUUCUCCUCUGUAUGCAAGUAGGUAACUUAGAAUAAACUCUGCUACUCGUUCUAGUGCAUUUGGCAAAGUUCAGUAUGAUUUGCAUGUAUCCAACCCUUUUUUUUUAAUGCUAACUCUUUCCAACAGGCAUGAAAAAAAACCCAUGCAGUGAAUAAACUGUUCUGUUUGAAAUAAAGGAGUUAUCCGUAAUCAAAAUAAAAUACAAUGUUUAAUAAA